AUGAUCCCCAAACCAGUCAUCACCUUCCUCUACCUCCUCGACCUUAUCCAAUACACCUUCUCCUUCCUCCUGUAUCUCAUCAGUCUAAACCCAUCCUUUGUUACAGAGCCGACGCCAUGGGAGAGCGAGGAGCUCCUAUUCUUGUCCCUCGACAUCUCCAUGGAUUCCACUGCCGAGUCUCUCAAAGAAAAGCUUCCUGUUAUCGAGUACAAGAGCUUCGUCAAGAAGAAAGGAAAAAAUCCGACGACUGAGUGUGCCAUUUGCCUUCAGUUCAUGGAGGCGAAAGACCACGUUCAUGAACUUGGGAACUGUUGCCAUGCAUUCCACGUGGAUUGCAUGGACCGGUGGUUGGACCUCGGCCGGUUAAGCUGUCCGCUGUGCCGGACGGCGGUGGUUCCGGCGGAGGCCCGUCGGAGUGGACCGCUUUCGGUUUUGAAGGUUCUUUUGGUUGGGGAUAGUUACUGUAAUUCACCAUAG